AUGUAUAAAAAGCUAUCUAGAUUAGACCAUGAAGAAAUUAAGAAGUUAUUGAAGAAUGCUGACAUUGAAGUUAGCAAAAGAUAUGCGACUAACAAAUCUUCAUUAGCUAAACACCUCAAUGAUUACAGAGGUGUAGUCACUUACGAGAAAAUUAAUGAUUACAUUAAUAACAAAACAUUUCCUUUAAAUGAUGUUCAGGUUAAUUUAUAUCAUAAACAAUCAGUACCGAAGGAAGUUAGGCAGGAAAUUCAUGAUAUGAUGAAUGUUGAUGUAGGAAGGACAAGGACAGCAGUACCGAAGGAAGUAAGAAAAGAAAUGUAUGAUAUAACUAAUGUGGAUGUAGGAAAGACGCGUAAGGCAGUACCGAAGGAAGUUAGGCAGGAAAUGUAUGAUAUAACUAAUGUGGAUGUAGGAAAGACGCGUAAGGCAGUACCGAAGGAAGUUAGGCAGGAAAUGUAUGAUAUAACUAAUGUUAGUGUUGGGGAAACGAGAAAGAAGAAAAGCGAUGAAGAAAAGAAAAAUAUAGCUGUAAAAUAUGCAAAAGCAAUUGCACAAUUACGCAAAGCAAACGAAGUUAUUAAAUCUAUAGACGAUAAAGCUCUCGAUGGUGAGAAAUGGUUAAAGAAGGAUGAAAAUAAUAAACGCAAAAAUGUUAAAGCAGAAAAUAGAAUCAUAGAUUUUAAUAUUCGUGAACUCAAUGAAGAAAACAGAAAUUACCUACAUGAACGUUUCGGUAAAAUGUUUAUUAGGCUUCUGCAGAAGAUAAAAGUAAAUUCACAGCAAAAAUGGAUGAUUUGUUAUAAACUUGAUGGUAAAUUUACUAAUUCAACAUUGAAUAUCGAGAACAUCGGAGCUUUGCUUCAUCAGUUAAAGCAAUAA